CAAUUCUUCACAACAGAUAAGAUUCCCACAAAAACCCACACCUCUCAAUCUCACCGCCCGCCGGAAUCUUGAAUCUCCGCCGCAAUGGGUUCCUUCCAAAUCCAAUAAAGAAAUGGGAGAGGAAGAAACCGCCCCCUCGUCCUCAUCUGUAACAGAGAAACAACAAUUAAAGCAAGCAAUUCUUCAAAUUUCCUCUUUAAUUUCAGUUUCCCAUUCAAUCAAGGUCUUCACCGCGAAAUGGCAGGCGGCGAGGAUCAAGCUCGAGGAGCUCUUCUCUCACCUCGCCGCCAUCGAGAACUGCGGAUUGGGCGGCCAAAAUGAGCCGCUGUCCGCGGCGGUGGAGGAGAUUCUCGCCACGCUGGCAAAUUACGGCGAGCUAGCGCGGCGGUGCUCGGAAUCCUCCUACAGCGGGAAGCUCCUCAUGCAGAGCGAUCUCGACAUGCUCACGGCCAGGCUCGACGCCCACACCGGCAGCCUCCGCGAUAUCUACGCCGCGGGGCUGCUCGAGCAGAGCCACGCGCUCGUCGUGUCGAGGCCGAGCUGCUCCUCCGCCUCCAAGGACGACGUGCGUUUCUACCUCAACGACGUCGUUUCCAGGCUCAAAAUUGGGGGUAAAAUUAUGAAAUUGGAAGCCCUAAUCGCCUUCAACGAAGUGAUUCGAGAAGAUGAUAGAUUCGUCAAGAUCGCUAUAGAGAUUGAUGGCUUCGUUAACCUACUUGUCAAUUUGCUUGAUUUUCACGAGGAGGAGGUGGUGGAGGAGGCCGCCGCGGCGGUCUCCUCCAUCACCGGAUUCCCGCCGGGGAAAUCCGCGCUCAUCGCCGCCGGCGCGAUUGCGCCGCUGAUCAGAGUGGUGGAGAGCGGCACCGAGCUGAGCAAGGAGUUCGCGGCGAGGUGCUUGAUCAAAAUGACGGAGAAUUCCGAUAACGUGUGGGCGGUUUCCGCCCACGGCGGCGUCCCUGCUCUGUUAAAAAUCUGUUGCGGCAACGGCGCCAGUGGGAGUGAGCUGGUUUGCUUGGCUUGUGGAGUGCUGAAAAACCUCGCGGCGGUGGAGGAGAUCAAGCGGUUCAUGGUGGAAGACGGCGCUGUAGCUGGCCUCGUCGACCUGGCCGGAAGCAGGGGAGACGAGGCCGCGCAGAUCAGCGCUCUUGAUCUUUUGCAGACAAUGGCUUAUAGAGAUGAAUCAAUUCGAGAAACGAUCAUUACACACGGUGGAAUUCCGAUGCUUGUCGGGAUCAUGGAUCCGGCUCGGGCAGUUUCCACGAAAACGAGAGAGGUUGCGUUUCGAAGCAUGACGAUGAUAUGCUUGUCGUGCGAGAGGUCGAUGUUGAGCUCGGGUUUAGCGGAUCACAUACUACAUUUCCUCCGGUUCGGGGAGGGUCCAGUCCAGGAACUGGCCUUAAAGGCCAGUUUCUGGCUGUGUGGAGCGUCCGAGUACGCCAAAAAGGCGAUGGGGGACGCAGGGUUCAUGCCUGUAAUCGUAAAGUUUCUCGAUUCCAAGUCGUUCGAGAUAAGGGAAAUUGCAGCCGAGACGCUGUCGAGCAUGCUAGUGGUGCCUAAGAAUAGGAAGAGGUUCGUGCAGGAUGAUGAAAACGUUGUCAUUUUGAUGCAAAUGCUUGACCCCGAGCAAGGGAGCUCGGGGAAUAAGAAGCUUCUGCUUUCGAUUUUGAUGUCGUUGGCAAGGAGUAAUAGCGCGAGGAAGAAAAUGUUGAGUUCGGGAUACCUUAAAAACAUCGAGAAGCUAGCCGAGGACGAGGGUGAGGAUGAGACUUCGGAUGCGAAGAAGAUUGUCAGGAAAUUGUGUUCCUCUAGAUUUCGUAAUGUAUUCAAUGUUUUCCGGCAUUCUUGAAAAUUCUAUAUUACACUCCACCUUUUGUUUUAUUUGUAUUAAUGUCUGGUUCAAGAUUUUUGUUCUGUAAAUCCAUAUUAUUAGAGAGUUUUUUUAUUA